AUGGUCCGCUCGCGUGUCCUCUCGUUUAUUUCCGCCUUUGCGCCGAAGAACAACAAUCAGACAUCGGCCUCCUCAGAUUCUAAUGUCUCAUCGCUCACUGCAUCAGGUAGUACUACUGCCAAACUCGAUAACCAUGAACCCGCGCCUCUUCGCUCCUCUCCCAUCCCGAGCGGGACCACGCUGCCGAACUCGGAUCGCUCGAGUAUAAUGCGGCCGGCGUCCAUGGCCUUUACCUACCAGGCUCCGCAGACCGACAUUGCGCAUGACACUUUGCCCGAGCUAUUGCCGGUAUUCUCUUUCUUGAACGGUCAAUCCAACAAGCUGUAUCAAGAAGGUUACUUCCUCAAGCUGAACGAUCUAGACACCCAUGGCCGACCAUGCGGAGAUCGAAAGUGGGUGGAAUGUUUUGCGCAACUUGUGGGAACUGUACUCUCGUUUUGGGAUGCAAGUGCCCUCGACGCUGCUGGCCACGACGGGGAAGUGGCUCCCACCUUCAUCAAUCUUGCAGACGCUUCCUUGAAAAUGAUCGAAACGCUCCCGACGCGGGACAAAUCGUCCAAGCCUCUGCAGAACAUCCUAAGUAUUUCGACAGCAGGGAAGAACCGGUACCUCUUCCAUUUCAACUCUUUUCAUUCCCUCACCCAGUGGACUGCGGCGAUUCGACUUUCCCUAUUCGAAAACACUUCGCUCCUCGAGGCUUAUACCGGCUCCAUCAUCGCUGGGAAGGGUAAAGAGCUGAACAACAUUCGCAUGAUCAUGGAGCGCUGCCGCUUCAAGCAUGAGGAUUGGGCCCGAGUGAGAUUCGGCGCCGGCACUCCAUGGAGACGAUGCUGGUGCGUUGUCACUCCACCGGACGAGAAGGAAUACCAGAAGGUGCAAAAAACAAUGAAGAAACGUUCAGCAUACGAUCGCACCACCCCCGUUUUAACCGGAACCAUCAAGUUUUAUGAGACCAAAAAGACGAAAAAGGUGCAACCCAUUGCCACGAUUUCCGAUGCUUAUGCCGCCUACGCCAUCUAUCCCCAAUCAAAGCCGCUGAUCGACCAAUCUACACUACUGAAAAUAGAGGGAAGUAUCACCAUCCACGGGCCAAAUCAAAGCAAGACCGAAGGCUUCAUUUUCAUCAUGCCCGAACUCCACCCUGCAGUCUCCGGCUUUGAGAUCAUGCUGCGUUUCCUGUUUCCUGUUUUUGACACAUUCGGUUUGUAUGGACGGCCAACUCGACUGAUUGCCGACACAAAUAAUGUCAAGAGUCUGAUGCUCGCUUUCCCAAAGCAAAGGCGCUAUGGGUAUCUGGACGUUCUUGAUGUGGCCAACCUGAUUAACACAGCCGGAAGUCAGAACUGGACCGAAAAGGAUUGGAGAAGAAAGCUUAGGGAGGUUACUGGACAGCGAAUGUCAACUGUAAACAGUCCUGCGAGCAGUAUCUCCGGCGGUCGACCUCGUCAACGGUCAAGUUUACCCGGAAAGCGCGGGUCAACCCGGUUCCAGGAGCCUGUUAAGCCCUGGUUGUCUGAAUUCAACCAGUCCGCCGAUGCUAUUGUCGAAACUUCCAACGUACCUUCUGCUGCUGCUGGUCCAGGCCAGGCCUACGGGCAUACUCGAGCCGUAUCUGACACUAGUGCAUUCUUGAUGUCCAACUCGCCAAUCGAGCCCCCGGCAUCCGCUCCACAACCCAUUCAGGAAUCACCGCCACCUGAACCGCCUAUCCACGGGACUUCCUUUGGUGCCGAGCGCCCCGGGUCAAAUGGGAGCAGCUCUGAUCCUGAUCCCCUGGCACGAGAGGCAGAAGACAUUGUCAGCCCAGACCUCAGCCCCAAUGGACCUCCCGCCCCCGUUGCAGUGCCACCGGCGUUUGCACACCAGCCAGGCGAAGUGCCUGCCAGUCGGCCCAAGACCUCGCUUGAAAUCCGCAAUGCGAAUAGUCGAAUGUCCAUUUCGACCCUGACACAGCUAGCCGAAGUCCGCGGAAUGCAUGGCGCUUCGCCUGAUUCUUCGGAAUCCCGCCAAGGCUCAUAUCCGGCCAAUUACCACAGUCAAGAUAGCACUCCUUUGACUGAGGUUUCCGACCAUAUUCCGGAUACGGACCCUAUUAAACAGCCUCUCCCAGCUGCUCCAGUUCAGAACCAUGCGGUUUCACCCGUCCCCAGUCGCCCUGCGAGUCAAUUGUUUAAUUUGCAACUCGAUACAUCCAAGGCUACAAAAAGGAAACCCCUUCCUCCUCAUCCAGGUUCCUAUAGAGCACCGGAUCCAAGUUCCACGUACGAACCAGUCUCUGCUGCCUCAGAUCAGAGCUUGAGAGAUCUUCGACAUACUGUUGACGAGGCUGCCUUGGAGCGAGUACUGCCCCGACAAAUGUUUUCCCCGCCGCAGAGGACCCAUACAGAGAUUAUUAGCUCUGUACGUUUGGACGAUGAAAGCAAUUAUGGCGACGAGUCUCCUUCUCCAAGCUAUGCAAGCACCCGCAAGUCGACUGAUACGAAGCGCUCAGAGGCCUCGAUUCCUCGACCAAGAAUGGGUGUUCUGAAGACCGUCGGAGAUGCUCCUCCAGAGAAACACGAAGUCACAAUUGGUGAUGCUCGGUUUUUCGCAAACCAGGAACAACCUAAAGAAAACCCGAACAUCCCAACUGUCGACUUUGGACCGACCAUGGUACAUAGUUUGCAUACAAGAACACCUAGUAUGUCGGAUGUACUGGGCCAGUUUGGACAUGGUCGCUCCGAUUCUGAGUUGACAGCCCGCAAUGAAAAUGCUAUGCCCUCCCAUGCUCGUAAGCUUUCCCGAUCUCCCGCUGGAGAUGACAAGCGACGAAGUGUCAUCUGGCAGCCCGGCAUGGCAGCUGCACCGCCAGAUUCACCCGGAAAACGCACCAUGACACCCGAACAGUAUGUUCACCAACGGUCUGGCUCCAGCCCGCGCAUUACACCGGCAUAUUUGGCUGCUGCCAGACCGCGUUCAGGCGAUUGGGCAUCACCUACUCACCAACACCCUACCAACCGAGAAUUACCACCCCGGCCACACUCACGAAGCUCGACCAUGAUGUUGAAUCAGAAUGACAUGCCUCACCGGCCACAUUCGCGCAGUCCUACAAUGAUGUUGUACCAGAACGACAUGCCACCUCGACCUCAUUCUCGGGGCUCUACUAUGAUGUUGAAUCCAACUGAAGUGUCACAGAGACCUACUUCUCGAGGUUCCACUAUGCUCUUGAACCAGAACGAUCUCUCCAGUCACUUGUCCGCUAGAGAGCAAGAGCAUGUGGCUCGUAUGACUGGCCAGUCUUUCUUCAAUUUCUCCAACAGUAAUGGCAGAUCCAAUGGCAGACAGAAUGUUGGCUCAGGUGGCCUCGUUGGCGCUAUUGAUGCCCGACAGAGAGAAAAGCAAAGCAUGAAGGAGGGUCUCAGCAACCAGAUGGUGCAGCAUGCAAUCGCACAACGUCAGCACCACCAAAUGUACGAAGCGCAGCAGGAGCACGCUAGGGUUAGAAGCAUUUACAACAUGCCCGGUGCCAACUACACUUGGGAUACAUCCAGCAACAUGAAUUAUGGCAACCACCCGCCAUCUCAUGCCGGCCAGCAAGGCUGGAGCAGCAACCCCCAGAUGGCUCAUACACCACCAGCUGCUCAGGCCCCGCCUCCCUAUUUCCAGCAAUACCAGAGCUACUAA